AUGCAGCGCAACAGGACGGAAGAUUCAAGCGGCCAGCGAGACGUGUCGCCAAUCCGGGACCACAACGGCUCAGACUUGCCCGCGAUUGCCCCUCGAAAGUCUGGGGGUAGCAGAAGACCCAGCGGCUCGAGAAUAUGCGGUAAAUGCGGAGAAGGCCUGACAGGCCAAUUCGUGCGCGCGCUUGGGGACACCUACCAUUUGGAAUGCUUUACAUGUCACGACUGUGGCAAAAUUGUAGCCUCCAAGUUUUUUCCGGUCCCCGACCAUCCUCCUAAUCAAUACCCGCUCUGUGAGACGGAUUAUUUCCGGCGGCUCGACCUCUUGUGCUUCGAAUGUGGGCAAGCUCUCCGAGGCUCCUACAUCACUGCGCUUGACAGGAAAUACCAUAUCGAGCACUUCACCUGUUCAGUAUGCCCAACCGUGUUUGGAGCGCAGGACAGCUACUACGAACACGAGGGCAGCGUUUUCUGCCAUUUUCACUAUUCAACGCAAUUCGCCCAGAAAUGCAAUGGCUGUCUCACAGCUAUCCUCAAACAAUUCGUGGAAAUUUUCCGGAACGGACAGAACCAGCAUUGGCAUCCCGAGUGCUACAUGAUCCACAAAUACUGGAAUGUCCGCUUACACUCGAGUGGCCAACCCGUCAUUGAAGAUGCACUGGCGAACGGAGAGGCAACAGACGAAAUUCGCCAGAAAGUACGACAGCAGGAGGAAGCUGUCGAAGGGAAGGUGAACUGGAUCUGGAAGACGCUAUCAGCUUUCGAGGAGAAGUCUGCGACGUGCAUUUCCGACAUGCUUCUUCACGUCAGCAAUGGCGCCUACUUCGAUGGAGUUAUGGCUGCUAAGAAGUUCAUUAUCCAUGUCGACUUGUUAUUCACAGCCGCGGAUAAUCUCGAUGGUCUUCUGGGAGAAGUGAGUCCAAAAGGUCUCCAGUAUUCUCGAGAAUCCAAAUUACUGUGCAAGAAAGUGGUCGCCUUCUUCCACCUCCUCCGGCAGUCUCAAAACACUGGCGUCCGUCGUCUUGGAGUCACGCAAGAGCUGUUGUCCUUGGUUACUGGACUGGCCCACUACCUUAAACUUCUUAUCCGAAUUUGCUUGCAAGGCUCUUUGAAGCUCGAAAAAGAGACUGGCAACACUAAAGGCCUCACAGAUUUUCUUGCAGAGGUCAACUCACUAGAUCAGAGACUGGAGGCCGAGGCAAACGUUGACUACAUGGCGGAGGCAGCGGCUCUCGUUCCUCGCGCUGCGGACACCUGUCCCAUUUGCGACAACCAGGUUGAGGAAAAAUGCCUGCGCCUGAACGAUAUGUCCUUCAAUUAUCCAUGUAUGGUAUGCAAAAGCUGUGGCCUUGAUAUGCGCGACAAGUUUACGGACGCACGAUGGAGUCAAUCUAACCAGAAGGUGUUUUGCAAGAACUGCGCCCUUAGGGUCCCAGACGCCGAAGGCGGCUUUGUCGCCGUCUCGAAGCUUAGACAGUACAUCCACCUUCUGAAAGUCGCACAUGCCAGGCUCUUGGCCACACUGAGAACCAGUGGCGCGCUACCGCAUACCUCUGACGACCCUAACCUAUCUGGCUAUGAUUCAUCUCAAGGCCAUCGAAUGACACCAACUAAUGACCUCGAGCCUCCUUUACUAAGAUCUGACACUCGAUCGAAAUCAUUCACAGGCUCAGGCUCGGACCCGCAACCCCAAGGCUCUUACGAGCAAUCCAUCGGUGACAUUCGACGGUUGCGUUCACAACGCAUGGACAAACACCUUUCCAGCACCAUGAAGCGUGCGCGCACCUCGAGAAUAAUAGACGGCCCCGAUGCGGUACGACCAGGGUCGGCAGGUGAUUCUCAGUCCCGAGGAGGAAUGCAGAUUGUCCAAGAGCGCGAUAUGAGUGGCGAAGGAGAUCAACUGACGCUAGGAGUCAAUACGUUGGCCUUAGACGAUAUAUCUCGGAUCGUGGCAUUAGAGCAAGCAAAGGAGCAACGCCCUAACGCUUACCGAUCCGCAGGAGGUGCACUCAUCGGUCAAGACCGUCAGCCGAAGCUACUGAACGGUCACCGCCGAGAAGCAUCCGGUGGGCAAGAGCUAAACCUUGCCGCCGCCUCUGAUAACCGGCCUCGAAUGUACUUUUCUGAUAUCUCGCCGCUCGAAUACUUCAGGCUACGAAGUCUCGCUGUGCUGCAGCUCGGUCUAUUGCUCGAGGAAAGCCAGUACAACCAAGGCGAGCUUCUGGACCUACUUGAAACCAAACGACCGACUUUCUGGGGCAAAUUCGGGAUCGGCAAGGCGUUCAAGGCCGACAAGGGCAAAGGGACCAAACCCAAAAAGACUAUCACGGAGAAGCCCGUGUCAGACAAGGCUGUCUUUAGGCAGAGUCUCGAGUACCUAGUGGAAAAACAUGGCGCAGAAUCGACUGACGGCGUAGGCCACGGGACUCUCAAGGUACCAGCCUUGCUUCAAGACGCUAUAUCCGCAAUGAGGAACAUGGACAUGUCUGUAGAAGGCGUGUUUCGAAAGAAUGGCAAUCUCAAGAAACUGAGAGAGCUGCAAGAGGAGAUCGAUGCCAAGGGCGGAGAUAAUGUUGAUUUGAACAAAGAGGCUCCAGUUACGCUGGCAAACUUGCUCAAGAGAUUCUUGAGAUACAUGCCAGACCCAGUUUUGACUCUGAAGCUAUACCGACUGUUUAUGACUGCCAACAAAAUCCAGGAUGAGGACAGACGGCUGCGAGUUCUUCACUUGACGUGCUGUCUCUUACCGAAAGCCCAUCGGGACACCAUGGAGGUUCUCUUUGCUUUCCUCAAUUGGGUCUCAUCUUUCCACACCGUCGAUGAGGAAACCGGCAAUAAGAUGGACAUUUGGAACCUUGCAACAGUCAUUACACCUAACAUCCUUCGAGAGAACAACGAUCCAGAGGAGAGGGCUCCAGACCAGGCCUCGAUAAGGGUCGUGUACACGCUCAUCGAAUGCAAUGAGUCGAUGUGCGAAGUACCCGAUGAAAUCGUGGCGCUUCUUAGCGAUGAUGGUUCACAAGAAAUUACUACCAAGGAAAUUAUGAGACGCUGGGAGACUGCCGGGAAGGUACCCCAACCAACUGUCGCCUCCCCGAAUCCGCAGAAAGCGGGCCCGCCGACCCGAGAUGGCCAACCAACCGCGCCCCGCAUCACACAGGUCAACGACAAUGCACAGACAUGGCAAACUGAGAGCUCUGUCCGCCAUGUUGGUGGUCCUGGUAACCCAGGCAUGAGCUAUGGCCCCUCAUCAAACCACAACACGCCACCGCAGGGCGAAUAUAACCUUGCGACACCGAACCUACCGUACGCAAAUUCAGCACCCGGCUCAGCAGAGAGCCAGCGGACAGCUUCGCCCCAACGGCAUAGCUAUCGCUCGCCUGCUUACCAGCGGCAAGGCCCAAUGGGCACCGCUGGUGCUGGAUAA